CUUUGACAGCUCGUUGUGCUUCUACAUACAUAAAUAAAUAAAUACAUAUUUGUUGAUAUUUCGGGCUAAACAGUGCUACAUUUGACACAAAAUUUAGGUACUCAGCACGCGAUAAAGUUCUUAGUAACACAUCAUGUCUCAAUUCGUGGAAUAUAUUGAGCCACUUUGGCGUGGCUUAAAUAUGCGAGAACUGAAGGUCGAUGAAGCCUACAUGGUAGUUAAGUCUCAUUACGAAAAGCCAGCUUAUCUUUACAGUCGUUCGGAUGAAUGUUAUACGUGUUCCUACAGCUAUGUGAAAUCAAUGCAAAAUUUUACGUUUAAAUUAAAUGUGGCAAGAGGUUGGGAAUUUAAAGUGUUUGGCAAAGAUGUGGAGCCGACGACCAACAAUGAUAUGCAAUGCAAUGACACGAUUUGCGACAGUGUUUGCAAAUUGUAUUCGCCCGCGACAAUGCUGCAAGAGUUUGGAGUCUAUAAUUUUACGCUACGAGCAAAUGGUAGCUGCGAGCUUAUAACAGACAAGACAGGCGUUAAUGUGAAUUUGUCGCUCGCAUCGGUGUUUCUUUUAGUCACUAUGUUGUUGACGGUUAUACGCACAUCCUGGUGUGUCUGGCGUUCGUACACCUUCAUCCCGGAGCAGGAAGCUGGCGCUAAUGUUAUGCCUGAGCAGCCGAGUAAACGAAUGCGUAGCCUAGAUGCUUUUCGAGGCAUGGCCAUAGUAUUGAUGAUAUUUGUCAAUAGCGGUGGUGGUGGUUAUUGGUGGAUCGAACAUACACCAUGGAAUGGUCUGCACUUGGCUGAUGUAGUUUUCCCCUCAUUCCUUUGGAUAAUGGGAGUUUGUAUACCGAUUUCGGUGAAGUCGCAAGUGGCUCGAGGUACGCCAAAGACUAGUAUAUGUAGGCGAAUUGUUUGGCGUUCGUUUAAGUUAUUCGUCAUAGGCAUAUGCCUCAACUCCAUAAAUGGUCCACAAAUGAAAGAUCUACGCAUAAUGGGCGUGCUACAACGUUUUGCUGUUGCCUAUCUUUUUUGCGGCUUGGUUCACACUCUAUUUGUUCAAAAGGAGUUCGUAAUGCCGCAGAUUGCUUGGAAGCGUGCCUUGUGUGAUGUUCUUUUAUUGCGAGCAGAAUUUUUAGUAAUGAUCUCGCUCAUUGCGAUUUAUUUGGGUCUGAUAUUUGGGCUUCCCGUACCUAACUGUCCCACCGGUUACUUGGGUCCUGGCGGCAAACACGCUCUGGCAAAUUAUCCCAAUUGCACGGGUGGCGCCACUGGCUAUAUUGAUCGUCUGAUUUUAGGCAAUGCACACAUCUAUCAGCAUCCGACCGCAAAGUAUGUGUACGGCGCUCAGGCAUUUGAUCCGGAAGGAGUUUUUGGUUGCCUUUUGACUGUGGCUCAGACCUUUUUAGGCGUGCUCGCUGGCGUUAUUAUUUUGGUUCAUACUAACUGGAGUGCACGUAUUAAACGUUGGCUCUACUGGUCUAUUGGAUUAGCUCUGCUGGGUGGCACACUUUGUUUUUUCUCUAUAGAAGACGGUCCUAUACCAAUUAAUAAAAACCUCUGGUCUCUUUCUUUUGUUUUGGUCACCUCUGGAUUGGCCUUCUUUGUGCUCAGCUUACUCUAUUUCGUUAUUGAUGUGCAACGUUGGUGGACUGGCUAUCCAUUCGUGCAGUCCGGCAAGAAUGCCAUUAUAAUGUAUGUGGGUCACACCGUGAUGCAUAAAAUGUUGCCAUGGCAUUGGCGCAUUGGACCAAUGAAUACUCAUUUUGUGCUCUUGCUUGAAUCCACAUGGAAUACUUUGCUUUGGGUUGCUAUUGCAUUGUAUUUAGAUUCGAUAAAAUUUUACUACAGCUUAUAAAAGAACAAAAAUUAAAAAAAAAAGGAAUAAUGCAAUGUGAGAGCAAUAGUUUGAGGUAUUUUAAAUUUAAGAAUUCCCGAAAAUGUUGUAAUAUAUAUGUAUAAUACAAUCAAAAAAGAAAUGCAUAAUUUUACAUAGUCAUAUAUUAUAUAGUUAGAUAAGAUUGUAACAGUAAAUUUACCUUAAA